CACACACGGCAACUCCGAGGGCUCCCACUGUCUCUAAUGACCCUCGUGUCUCCCCCAUUCCCAGCCCCAGGAUGUUUAAGGAAUAUUUCCAGUACAAAGGGAUCAGCUUCCCCAGGCUGAUCUACUCGGAGCAAGGGCUGCGGGAGGUGGAGAACGAAUUCCAAGUCCGGGAUGACGAUGUCUUUAACGUCACCUACCAGAAAUCAGGGACUGUCUGGAUGCUGGAGAUCCUGAGCCUCAUCCACAGCAACGGGGACCCCAGCCGGUGUCGCACAGUCCCUAACUGGGACCGGGGGCCCUGGUACGAGACCAUCCUGGGCCUGCAGACAGCACGGAGCAACCAGCCGCCCCGGCUGAUCAGUUCCCAUCUGCCCAUCCAGCUCUUUGCCAAGUCCUUCUUCCAGUCCAAGGCCAAGGUGCUGUACACGGUGCGGAACCCCAAGGACGUCUUCGUCUCCCUCUACCACUUCGCCCAGAUCUUCCGCCCCUACAAGGAGCCAGGGCAGCUGGACCAGUUCCUGGAGCAGUUCCUGGAGGGGGAUGUGCCCUUCGGCUCCUGGUUCGAUCACGUCAAGGGCUGGAUGGGCCUGCGGGGCCAUGAGAACUUCUUCUGGAUCAGCUACGAGGAGCUGCAGCAGGACCUGCGGGGCAGCGUGGAGCGGAUCUGCCGGUUCCUAGGCAAGCAGCUGGACGCGCGGGCACUGGACGGGGUGGUGGAGAACGCCUCCUUCCAGGCCAUGAAGCAGAACAAGAUGAGCAACUUCAGCCUGGCCCCCAGGUUCCUCCUGGACCAGACCCACAGCUCAUUCCUGCGGAAAGGAAUUGCCGGGGACUGGAAGAACCAGCUCACCACAGCCCAGAGUGAGAAUUUCGACCGGGUUUACCGGGAGCAGAUGCAGGGGCUGGAUCUGAGCUUCCCCUGGGACGAGACGAGCCCUCAACCCUCCCCACCCCCCACACCGGGCAGCAGCUGAGAGAGAAAGGAGUGCAGUGCAAUGGUUAGAGCAGGGGGGCUGGGAGCCAGGACUCCUGGGUUCUCUCCUGGCUUGGGGAGAGGGGUCUAGUGGUUAGAGCAGGCGGGCUGGGAGCCUGGGUUCCAGUUUUAACGACUGAACACAGGAUUCCCAAGGGCAGGGAAUGGGGGUGUCCUUAGGCAGUGGGGUGCUGGGGGUCAGGUGUCCAGGAGGGGUAGGAUGGGCUCAGGACUCUGUGUCCCCCCAGGGCCCCUCUGGGAGGUCUCUUGGGCAAGGAUGGAGGCACCCAACCCCCAGCAGGAUUCCUGCCCAUUCAGUCCCCACAGGGUCUAGAGAGGCAGGGAGGGAGUCUGGUGGGUCCCCCGGGAUCUGGCCUCUUAACUUGAGAUCUGUAGUAAACACGGAACAAUAAAACUAAUUUCUUGCUGGGCACAUAAUGCAGCUCUUCUGUGGGGGCUGGGUAUACAGGGACGUCUCACCUGGCGCUGGGAUGCGGCCCCUCAGGGGUGGGCUGGGUAAACAGGGACCCCUUCAUCCAGCGCUGGGAUGGGGCCCCUGAGGGGUGUGGUGUGGGGGCUGGGUAUACAGGGACCCCCUCACC